UACUAUGCUCCCUAUUAUUGAUGCGCCUUUCAAGAGAGUCUACUAUGUUGAAGGCACAGUGACACGAGGAUCUCACGGGAUGCUAGCGACAUCCGAACCUUGGCCACGGAGUUUUAGGAUAGCAAGGAAACACCACCUCCGUAUCCAGAAUCGCCCGUUCGCUGGCAUACAGCAACUGGAGGAGUGAGGGCCAGACUUUGGGCAAGGUAUUUGUUGAUGAUGACAAAGCUUCUUGUGGAGCAUGUUUGCUGGAGAAUCAAACGAUGUACCGUCUCAGUGCCAGGCACGUGCCUGGGUGAGAGCACCUGACAUGGUUCCCGGCGAAGUUAUCGCAGGGGAUGUCAAGAUUAAGCUCAGCGGACCGUGUACUGACACCAAGAGCUAUGCGCUAGGCUUGCGCUAUAAGGAAAGAGUAUUCUGGAAGUCGCGACGGGAAGAUGCGCUGAUUCUGGAAAGGCCUGAAUGGGAAUAUAAUUGGGGGUUGUACGAGAAUAAGGACUCGUGGUCUAUGCACGAGGAAGAACGAAUUGCCUUUGAGAUCAAGAGUCCUCUGGCCGGUGCAGGGGGGACAGAUACAUUGUCGAGAAACUUCACGGCCCGGUUCGGAGUUCUGGUACCAAAUACAAACUACCCUCCAGGAUUAGACUGUCGUGCAGGCUGCAUGUCUGACUGGGGAGCGACUCACAAAAUAUCCGGUGAAUCGAUUUACGAGUACUUCGUCGAAAUCGGGUUUAGCAAUGGUACCACCUCAGAGAUACCUGCCGGAAUGACAGCCUUUACCCCGUUCUACCUCUCGAUGGAAAACAACGCACCCAGUGCUAACGCAUCUCUAUCUCCGGCACGCCUCUGUUUUAACAUGAAACCAUCAGUAGACAGUUUGCGGAGCAACUACACGAUUGAAGUAUCUUUUCCUGAAGGAGCAUACGUCUAUCAAAACUCGUCUGUGGAUUUUACGGCCAUUGUUCAUCGGACAGGAUAUACGAAUCGGACAGACAUUCCUGUAGAACUGUGUGCGUUCUCGGCGAAUGAUAUUGAAUGGCAUUCUCAGGAGCUCCAGAAAAAAUCACAACCGGAAGUUCCACCGUUCGUCAGGGCAUUGGUCCCCUCCGUGCAGCAUUCAGAAUUCUCUGAAUUCGUAAUACCUUAUCCACCUCGUUCCCCAUGCAGACAGAUCAAUUUUGCAGCAACUCCUGCAUCCUUGGUUCACGAAAGCCACAUUAUUUCCACGUCCUCCGAACCGCUUUCAUUAUCCCUCUACGUGGAACACAAUACUGUUCCAGAUUUUUCAACCUACUAUCAGAAAUUGGGACAUCUUGUCCAUCUGGAUCUCCUUAUCGUGCCAGAUCCGUCAGAACCAGAUCCAUCAAAGCUAUGCGAAAAUCAAUUCGAGGAGCUACAAUGGGAGAAGCAGACUAUGGACGCGGAUGAACUUGACUGGGUGCCCUGGACGCCGACACAGAUUCGUCCCCAAACCCUUUCCGGCAGCACCAAUGUGUUGUCAGUCAUUUCAACGCAGAAGCAGGGACCUGUGGGAUUGAUGCCAGUACACUACCUGUCUGAUCAAGCUCGCCAACCAGUAUUUGUCGAUUUGUCGGACAUCGCUGACCUUCGUCUGAUGUUGCCAGAGGAACGCGACCUCAUUGCUCCACUUACGCACCCGUCUAUAAAGGUGUUUCCCAAGGGAGAAGAAAUUCGACGCAGAUAUUUCACUGGCGGUGACACGCGGUACCCGAUAUACGUUGGGGACACCUGGGUCAGGAAAGUAUUACCUAUGACUACUAAGGAUCAGGGCGAGAGUGAUACUGUGGACCACUUGCUCGUUGUGCAGUGAUGACGAUCAUCAAUUGAUGUAAUGAUCCCAG